AUGACCACCCUCCCAACCGCCUACACCGCGCUCGAAUCGCUCCUUCUCUUUCAGGCCCUGCGCAAGGAUGGCGUCAAGCACGGAUGCUUCAGCAGGAUAUCAGACCAUCUGCAGAAGAUCCCGCUGAUUCGCAACGACCCCGACUACGAUGCUGGUAGACUGAGUCCCGACGCAUUGCGAGAGCUGUAUUUGCGCUUGCUCAAGGACGAGCUCAAGGCCGAUGGUGAGCGACAAACAAACGGCGGCACCCAUCUCACCAAUGCCCAUCUUUCCCCCGGCUCGAGGAAACGAAAGGCUCCCAGUCCAUCGCUGCCCACCGUCCAAGAGGCAUCGCAACAUGAACAUCUGCUUCCCCAACUGGUGACGCGACUCUACACUGCGUUUCGCGAUACAACCGUGUCGAGGAUCAAGCAGACCGAGUCCAAGUAUGCUGUCCUCAAGAACGAGAUAGACGAUAUCGAGGCCGGGAAAUGGGAUGAGGCUCUGCAACGGCAGCGGGCAUCUUCGCAGACCCAAACUCCACGCCCUUCACCAAAGCCGUCUGCCACUGCACACACCCAGCCCAAUGUCACGCGACCUGAGCAGAUCAAGGCGACCAACUCUGCCAGCGCUAGCCCGGUGCUGACGCAGAAGCCUUCAGUGGAGAAUGUGCAGGCGCCAUCGAAACGGUAUUCGCAGGCCAAGAUUGAUGCUGUGAUGAACCAUGGACCGGAACCACAGGACAGUCCAGGUCAUCGACGAGCAUCGUCAAACACCACUCUUCCACCUUUAUCAGAAAUGGCACCGCAGUCGCCACGCUUUGGUAUUCCUCCCAAGAUACCGACUUCUGUACCUCAGCAAAUGCAGCCAAUGCAACAUGGGUCUAACCAAGGCUAUACCCAUUCUCCACCUGCUGGACAUCAGUCUCCCUAUGCGCCUCCGCAUGGCCACCCUCUGUCAGGGUCAGUGCACAGUCCGCAGCUGCAGCAUUCGAUGUCCAGGCCGUCUUCAUCGCCUAGGCCCAUACUACCUCCGCCCAAAGGCAUGCAGUUUCCACCUCCUGGCUCAGUGCAGCAUACAGGGUCACCAGGUAUGCCACCGAAUCCGUACUCGCCACAACAACAGCAAUACCACCCUCAGAUGCCUCCUCAGCACCACCAGGCUCAACACCGAAUGCCGCCUGGGGUGUCACCAACUAGUGAGGUGCCACCCAGAGGGUAUCCUUCGACGCCUACUCCAGCUCAUGGCUCUGCCUACUACCAGCAACCAUUGCCAUACGACAACAGGAGGACCUCGUACCCGAUGCAGCAGCAGCCGCAGCAUCCACCACCUUACCCUCAUCAGUCACACCCAACACAGCCGCCCCAGCCAGGUGGAGGAUACAUGCUGCCACCGUUUCAUCAGGAUCCUAGCAAGCCUAUGCAGCAACAGCAACCGAUCCGACCUCAGCAAUCACCCAUGCCGAUGCAAGGACAACAUCAGUAUCCGCCACAUGGACACCACACCCCAGCCACUGCACCGAGGCUCCAGCCGGCACCACCAAGGCCAAUCUUAUCUAGCCAGUUCCUCUCAGCUCUUGCCACACCUCCGCGUCCAAAGGUACGACCGCUGUGGAAAGAAGCGUAUCGACCCUCGCUUUUGCAAACAGCGGUGGUCCUACCACCCAGGCCGGAAAUCGAGCCUCUCAGUCCUGUCCUCAAGCGUGCAAAAUCGCCCAUUCGAUCCAGCCGCUCGUCUCGCAAAGACAACGUACCUACGAUUGAGAAGCCGGCCCAAGUUGAGACAUCAUCGAAGAAGAGGGGCACUAAGAGACGUAGCAAUGUCAGAGACCGAAGCCCUCAUAGUGUGGUGUCUUCGACCGCUGAUGGCUCUCUGCGCGCACGAACGCGCAGCCAGUCUGUCAGUACCGUGGCAGGCGUGUACCCACCAUCGGAGGAUCGUCCGGCUAGCAGGAACGGGGUCAAGGCAGAACCAUCCACGCCUGCCAAUGUGCUGGAGGAUGAUGACUCAACCACGGCGCCAUCGACCGCCAAUGCGCCGGGCAUGAUGACACGAAAGAGACGUGGGACGCUUCAAUCGCAGCCUCUGCCUCCGUCCAAGCGCAAGAGGCACGAAUCUCCAGUCGCGGCUUCGGAUGAUCGCGAGACCCUGCCCACGCCUCCCAGAAGCACUACUGUUAUGGCUACUAGGAACUUCAACAAGAUGUCCUCUGCCAUCAUGAACGACAUUACGAGCCAUAAGCACGCCUCAUACUUUGCGAAAGAGGUGCGUGAUAAUGAUGCGCCUGGCUACAGCGAAAUCAUCCUCCAGCCGCAGAACCUAAAGUCCAUCCGGGCAGCGAUCACGGCUGGUGGUCGGGCGAUAGCAGCAGCAUCCUCGUCGCUAGAGUCGCCGCCGUCCGGGACACCUGGUGCAUCAACCACCACUGUCGAGCUGGAACGGGCGGCGGACCUGAUCCCACCCAAGGCUAUUGUGAAUGGUGCGCAGCUCGAAAAGGAACUGAUGCGAAUGUUCGCAAAUGCAUACAUGUUCAAUCCCGGUGAGGACGGAAUGGCUCUCUCUACUAAGGAGAUGUUCGAGGACGUCGAACAGAAGAUUAGCAAUUGGCGUGGCACAGAGCGCGAGGCUGGAGGAGAUGAUGACGACGAAGGAAAAGGCAAGCGAAGAAAGGUGUAA